GAGGCGGACGAUGCGGGCGGCUCGUGGGGAGAGCGCAGGAGGGCUCCGCGGCGGCGGGGCGCGGGGGACCCCGGGGACAGUGGGGACCCCGGGCCGCCCCGGCCGGUUGCGCUGCGCCCGCCGCCCCCGGCUCUUCCCACCUCGCUGGUUCCUCUCUGGGGGGACUGUCCUCCGUUGACCUCCGACCAGCGACCGUCGCGGGCCCCCGAGCGGCCUGAGGGCUCCUGGAGCGCAGUUACGACCUCGUUCAGGCAUGGGUUGGAAGUGGAGUCUCUCCCUGGACCUGACGACAACCAGCAUCAUGCAGUUACUAACUGCUCUUCCCUCACCUAUUGAUGCCUCCCAGGAAAAAAUGCCGCCAAAUUUCCCAGAAACCCCAGCUGCUAUUCUACCAACAACCACUGGAGGGCCCCAAACACUGCUAUGAGUCUCCCCAGCUUCCUAUCACCCACACUAGACAGGUGCCCAGCAAGCCCGUUGACCACAGCACCAUCACUUCCUGGGUAGGCCAUGGGAUUCUUGCCUUGACUUUUCCUCUGCCAGGCUUCUCACACUGCCAUGUGGAGACUCGUGGGCGCAGGGACAAAGAGGUAUCACCUCAGUUUGAUACAACAGCAGAAAGCUGGUUCCCAGUCAACCGGAAACAUCAUCACCGAGACCAGGCAAGGCGUUCAAGUCGAAAAUCUACCAGCUCCAAGUUUCCACACCUAACAUUUGAGAGUCCACAGUCUUCUGCCAGCUCAGCCAGACCUGGGAUCCCCCUAAUCAGGGACUGCCCCAGUCAACCAGAAAAGGACAUUUCUGGAAGGCCCUUGGUUCCCAUGCUCAGCCCCCAAAGCUGCGGGGAGCUGUCAGCACAUGCACUUCAGAACUUCCCUUAUGUGUUCAUUCCACCGGAUAUCCAGAGCCCAGAGUCCUCAGGGCAGGGAGGGCCCAUUCCCUCGGAGCAGAGGGAAAACAGCCUUCCCAGCUGCUCCCUUCACACGAGCACGCCCAAGAGCCCAGAGCCUGGGCCUGUUCUGGUUAAAGACACUCCUGAGGACAAGUACGGGAUAAAGGUCACGUGGAGGAGGCGACGACACCUGUUCACUUACCUCAGGGAGAGGGGGAAGCUGAGUAGAAGCCAGUUCCUUGUGAAAAACUGACUGGGUUUCUCGGACAUCCGUGGUCUCAAGAAAUUGAUUGCUGGAGUCAAAAGGGAAUUGAAUUCCCAGAUUUGCUUUUUAAAAUAUCUUGUGUCAUAAACAGUUUUUAGUGUCAUCAACAGUUCACUUCGUAUUUUCCUUGUAUUAGCUGUUUAAAAUUUUUAAAUAUCUUAUAACUGUUUAAAAAGUCUGUAAAUAAAUAAAUGGCUGCAGAAAGUUUUUAGAGAACCCUGCUUCUGUCACUAAUGCAGCAGUACUGCCCCCUCUACAAAUGGUCUUUCUUAAUUGUUCCCUUUAACCACUACUUAUUCAUCCUUUUAAACGCCUCAUUCCAACUAAUUCAUUCCACAUGUCUGAGUACCGACUCAGUGACCGCUUCCUCUGUGAACAGAUGCAUGGAAAAACUCGAAGCAAACUGUGACUUUUAAUAGUUGAGCUGCUGUCUCUGCAAUCUUGGCUCAUCUGCUGAGAUGGCUGGAUGAAGAAAGGGCAGCAAGCUUGUUUUAAUGAGUCAGUGGUACCAGGGGAGAUAAAAGGGACAUAGUUAAGUUACUUAGGGUUACUAUGUUUUCAUUUUUUGUUUCCAACUGUAGUAAUCUAUAAAUAUUAAAUAGGGUGGGAAAAUGAUUUCUUG